AUGUCAUGUCUUCCAGUUUAUUAUAAGAACUGUGCUGAACUGUACAAAGCUGGAAAACGAACAAGUGGAGUUUACAAGAUCGACCCAGACGGUGCUGGUGUCUUUGACGUGUACUGUGACCAAACAACAGCCGGUGGGGGCUGGACAGUGUUCCAAAAGAGACUGGAUGGCUCGGUUAAUUUCUACCGCGGCUGGAACGACUACAAAAAAGGGUUCGGAAAUCUGAAUGGCGAGUUUUGGCUCGGACUGGGCAAAAUUCACCGCCUGACAAAAACUAAAAGCAAACUUCGAGUGGAUCUCGAGGACUUCAACAGAAACACAGUUUAUGCUGAGUACAACUACUUUGCUAUAACAGACGAGAGAAGCAAAUACACGCUGAGUCUCGGACGUUACUCCGGUAAUUACAUUACUAGCCUCCCACGCAGACGUUCUUAGGGGUUCGUCACGCGUUCCUGCACCACAAAGCGUCUGCUGAAUCGAGCGGUAAAAACCGUAAGUGCCCUUUGGACCUUGAGAAAUUUCGCGCGAGACUCUGCUCCAGAAAAGAUCAGAAAGGUCUCGAAAGGUGAAGACCUAAUACACUUUAUGUAUUUUCUCGCAUUUGGGAAUUCACUCGGUGUUUGCAGUCUAGUAUUUGGGUGUAACAUCAUAGCAUGCUUCUGCAUGCUGUUAUUUGUGUUACCGUAUAUAAGGCGUACGUUGCAGGACAAGGUCACUCGACGGCAUCUCUCUCUUCGCAAUUUGUACGUUUUGCUAUAUUUUUCUUUCGCGGCUUUUGUUCGUUUCCGCCUUGUGCUUUAUUCCUUUUCUUAUAUUUACUGGUUUGUGCUUAUUGUCACAAUUUUUUAAUGAAGUUGUUUGUUUAGUGUGUUUCAGAUAUUUUUUCUAUAAGCCUUUUUCUUUUUCUUAAUUCACGUUUAAUUUUUUCACGUAUCUCUGUAAUAGUUCAAUGUACAGUUUUGGUUGUAGUUUAUUAUAUUUAGUUCGUUAUAGUUUUAUUCUGAUAGUGUCAGCUAUUAAGUUAAAAUUCAAGUCACUCGAAUUGUAUGCGACUUCUUUGUAAUUUUAGGUUAUUAAACUGAAUCACACUGUUCUGCCGCCCGCUUUGAUAGUUUUGCUAUCUCAUAAACAAAAUGCCUAUUCCUGAUUUUGUCUGCGUUGUUGUACAUAAGUGUGAAAAUAAUUUGUUCUCGUUUCAGUUAACUCACACGCCUUCGUCCUCGAGACUACCCUCACGAUCUCGUUGAAAACAUUGCCUCAGAGGUUUCAUUUGCUGAACAGAAGUCAGCUUUACUACUAAACAAUAAAGUGCGAAAAAAAUUAUCCCUUUUGUUCAGUUAAAACGUAAAACUCCACCGUUGUGUCACCCACAGAACAACUUGAUGAUCAAAUGACAUCUAAUCCAGCCUUUACAAAGGGAAACAUACAAAACGCUCACGCUUAUCUUCUAAAUAUUCUUGUCCGGAGCUAAACUCUUGGGUCACGUAUCACACUCUUCCGAGCUUGUACAUAUCUAUGUGUCUGGCUUGUCAAACUUUGACUUCAACAGACCCGAUUGGUUCUCCGAUAAUCUGGACGUGAGCUCCAACUGGUAUUUGCAAACAAUGGGAAAAGAAUUUAACCACUCGACUCAGCAGACGUUCGUGGGGCAGGAACCGGAGUGACGAACCUCUAAGAAAGUCGGCGUGGAAGGCUUUUAUAUUACUUACUUGAUUAAGGUGGCUCAACUGGAUUUUGUUGGGGGGAUACCUCCCAAGUUUGAGUAUUAACUACGUCGGCAUGAGUAAAGAUAUGGGAAAAAGAUUACACAACUGUAUUAUAUUAAGAUUAUAUUUAUUGCAAUCGGAGUCACCAUGGCAACGUAAUGACGCCAUUACGCUUUUUAUUCAUAUUUGUGUUUCUCUGUACCAGGAGUUUUUUUUUGAAGAAAUCGCUUAGGGGAGUAUGUACUUACCAUAAUUGUCUCCAUUAUGGCAAAGUUUAAACAAAUUCUAUGAGAGCGUUUUUGAAAUAUUUUGACACGCAGUUUUAACAAUCAUAAAAACAGUGAAAUAGCAUGCUAUCCACACAAUUCGCUAAUAUUUUAAGACAAUGAUAAGCUUUGGAAACGCGGCUUCAUCCCAUAGUGGUUUGAUUCCAUUGAAAACUGCAUACAAAAAAAGAGCGGAAUUGCUCUGGGCGAUCGCGAGCAAGAAGAAUUUUAUUAACUUGCAUUAAGCUGCUUUUGUUACAGUUUUGGACGUAAUUUGGUCCAUGCCUACAAAUUUCGCAUUUUUCAAAAAACUGCUCGAUAAAUUUUUUUAUAAAUUCGACAAUCUCGAGAUCAAUUGUCAAUAAAUAUUCCCUGCAAGUUUCAAGAAGAUUGAAAGCAGGGAGGGCUUUUAAAUUGGGCCUCAAAUAUAACCAAUUUUUCCCCCAGAUUUUGUGUUUACAAGUGAGCCUCCUCAUUAUUCACAAGCAUUGUUUUCAAGUUUCAUAUACACGUGCACAUUUAGCAAAAACAUAGAAUUUGCAUCAAAAAGGACCGUCGCUUAAAUCUCCGGAAUAUGCUAAUUACCGGGUAAAGAGAUUAUAGUGAUACAUUAUAACAUCAGAGCAAUUCUUUGUAACAGUUUCUGUGAUGUUAUAACCCGAGUAAGACAAUUAAAUAUUGUAUCCUACACGAUGAGCGGUGACGUUCACCGUUUCGGCUCUCACUGCUAUCGGUGACACAAGCCAAUAUUAGCAUAUUCCGGAUAUUUCUUCGGAAAGUAAUCGAGUUGAAUUAAGAGGACGCUCACUUAUAAACACAAAAUCGGGGGGAAACAUUGGCUAUAUUUGAGGUCCCAUUUAAAAGCCUUCCCUGUUUUCAGUGUUCUUGAAACUUGCAGGGAAUAUUUAUUAACAAUUGAUCUCGAGAUUGUCGAAUUUAUAAAAAAAUUUAUCGAGUGGUUUUUUGAAAAAUGCGAAAUUUGUAGGCAUGGACCAAAUUACGUUCAAAACAUGUAACAAAAGCAGCUGAAUGCAAGUUAAUAAAAUACUUCUUGCUCGCGAUCGCCCAGAGCAAUUCCGCUCUUUUUUUGUAUGCAGUUUUCAAUGGAAUCAAACUACUAUGGGAUGAAGCCGCGUUUCCAAAGCUUAUCAUUGUCUUAAAAUAUUAGCGAAUUGUGUGGAUAGCAUGCUAUUUCACUGUUUUUAUGAUUGUUAAAACUGCGUGUAAAAAUAUUUCGAAAACGCUCUCAUAGAAUUUGUUUAAACUUUGCCAUAAUGGAGACAAUUAUAGUAGUUACAUACUCCCCUAAGUGAUUUCUUCAAAAAACUCCUGGUACAGAGAAACACAAAGAUAAAUAAAAGGCGUAAUGGCGUCAUUACGUUGCCAUGGCGACUCCGAUUGCAAUAAAACCCAGAUCAUAAGAAAUUUUCAUCUUAAUAUAAUACAGUUGUGGUAAUCUUUUUCCCAUAUCUUUACUCAUGCCGACGUAGUUAAUGCUCAAACUUGGGAGGUAUGCCCCCCAAAAAAUUCAGUCGAGCCACCUUAAACAUAAGCACGUUAAACGGGCAUGAGCUAUUUUGAAUGCUUCAGUGUAACCUUACCUAGAGUGAUGAAUCUACCUUUUUCGUCCUAAAUGUAGACUGGGUUUUUGUGCGAAAUUGGGUAUUACCGUACAUAAAUGAAAACGCGAAACGCUCAGUUGCGUCGAUCCUCAUGCUAUAUAUUCACUUUCCUCUGUCUUUCCCUAUUACAUUUGGGGCAAGUUAAACAAAUUGUUAAAGUAAAAUAAAUCUCUACUCACCAAACGUUGAUUAGAAGGAAAACUCUAAAGUUUCCCCGGAGUUUCUUAAGCCAAAAUGUGACUCGUCGAAUUCGAGUUGUUAAGGAAUACCAGGAGUUUUAUCAUUGUGGUAGAUGGUUGCAUCAUCACAAUUCAUGAGGUUUUCACGUGCGAUUCUACUCAGUGAAACAGUCUUUAACUCCGACAACUUAUUUCUUCAUGUUUUAAAAGCUAGUGCUUCUUAAAAAGACAAGAGCCUUUUUUGGGGGGUUCGAGGUAACAGCUGAGUGAAAACGACUGAUAUGAACACAAUAUAAAGGGAAAAAAUCUUUUUUUAUGCACGAUACUCUACGGUAGCCAAUUUACACGUUACGGAUGUUAGAGUCAACAAAAUAAUGUCUCAAGAAAAGACCUAAAAAAAAAAGCUGGCCGACUUUUGUGUUCACCGCAAGUUCAUUUUGUUUUCUUUCUAUCGGGCCCAGUUAUGUGUAAAUUAAACUUUGAAUAAACUUAUGCAUAACUGUACAUGAUAAAAACGUUACCAUAAGUUACCAUUGCUUUCUUCUUGUCGAUGAAUUGCUCACAAAUGCUUAGGGGUUCAUUUACUGAAAAAUAUGCGAUACACUUCGUAGACUACAGAUUAUAAACGUUACAACAACUUAGCUACGAGUCUGUCGGUAGAAGAAACGAGAACUCUUAUAUUUAACAAAUGUUUUCGGUAAAACUGAAAGAAAAUGUAGAUAGGCGCAUGAAACUUCAUUCAAGCGGUAUUCAAGGCGUGAAUUUAAUGUGGAAACAAGUAAUAAUCCACAGAAAGGAGGCUGUUCCUCGAAGCAAGAUUCUCGCUUAAUGCUUUUCUUUUUACAACUUAGACGGCAACACAGAGUGUUCAAUAUACCUUCUUGUUCUCUUCACCUGAAUGGCAACCAGGACAACCUGACAAUAGGAAGCCAUUCAAUGUGCGUCUCAGUCAAAUCUUGAAAACAUGCAUCGUAACUAAGUGAGUAAGUAGGUAAGGAAAUAAUAACGCCCGAUAUCAUGAAGCUGAAAAAGAAAGUAAACCAGACACUGAAAACGGUAAGUUUUCAACUCCACCAGAGCUAAGAAAAGACAAUAAAUUAGGUUAGUAAUUCCAGAUUCCAGGUACUGGAUUCAAGUCUUUGUCAGUAGAACCAAGAGACUAUGAUCUAUUCUCUCUUGGUAGAACUUGGAUUCCGGAUUUCAAUCGUUAGUGGGAACAAACUCCUUUCUACGGACAAGAGAGGAUAAAGCGCGAGCUUUAUCCCCUCUUGCUGUGGAUUAUUACUUAUUUCUAUAUUAAAUUCAUGCCUUCACGAAUACCUGCUUGAAUGUACUUUACUGGCACUUCAAGCCCAACGUCUCUCCUCCUCUUUCCAGUUACUUGUGCAAAGAGUUUAUUUUGGGAGUUUGCGACCAGGACGUUUUUCAACAAGCGUUUUCUUUAUUUUUGCCGAAAACAUUUGUUAAAAUUGAAACAGUUCUCGUUUCUUCUACCGACAGACUCGUAGCUGUUCAAGCCCGAGUUAGCCUUUUUUAAAAAAGGUUUUAAGUUGUUGUAACGUUUAUGAUUUAUAGUCUAUGAAGUGUAUCGCACAUUUUUCAGUGAAUGCACCCCUAAGCAUUUGUGAGCAAUUCAUAGACAAGAAGAAAACAAUGGUAACUCAUGGUAACAUUUUUUAUCAUAUACUGUUAUGCAACUGGGCCCGAUAGAAAGAAAACAAAAUGAACUUGCGGUGAACACAAAAGUCGGCCAGCUUUUUCUUUUAGGUCUUUUCUUGAGACAUUAUUUUGUUGACUCUAACAUCCGUAACCUGUAAAUUGGCUACCGUAGAGUAUCAUGCAUAAAAACGAUUUUUUUCCCUUUAUAUUGUGUUCAUAUCAGUCGUUUUCACUCAGCUGUUACCUUGAACCCCAAAUCAUUUUCCCCUGCCGCGACAUUGGACCCGCGACCGCGACUUUGGACCCGCGACUAUUAGUCAAACUCUAAACAGAAUUAUAAAAAUAACCCAUGCACACAAUUUGCACGUGAAGAUGUUGGUCUUUGGCCCUUUUACCAUUCGUACGUAAAAAAAAAAAAACGCAAAUUGUUUACUACAAAAUUUCUCAAACGAUUUUAAGAAAUCACCUCGGCUUCAUUACAAUAUCUGCAAUUAAAUUAUGUUUCAUGCGACGUCAAGGUUGAUUGCCUAACGUUUAUUAACUUCCAAGAAAAUUAUCAAACUGCCGAAAUAUAUUUCUGCUCAAAUCAUGCUACUCCACUCAAUAAAACAGUAUCUAAUCAUUGUGUAAACUAGCUUCUUCCAAUUUUAUUCCCUAACGCUACUGUUUGAACUUACGUUACUCAUCUUUACUAAAUAAAAUACGUUUCAAUAACUAUAAUGCUUAGUACGCAGGAAGGAUGUCUCAUGUUCUUCACUUAUUAUUAUUCUUUUUUUUUUGUUUUACCGGAACUAAAAAGGUCUGUCGAACUUUGUAAGCGAGAGAAUAAUAUUUUUAAAGCUUGUCUACAGGACUAACAAUACUCGGUACAGCUUUUUUUUAUACUCUACCUUGAAGCAGGUGAAACACAACUCAAAAAUACGUGCGUCAGUACCGUUGGCGAUAGCCGAAUUCGGUCAGAAAUGUCUUGAAAUAGCACCCUCACUAAAGUAUGAACCCUUAAACAGCUGCAUCACUGUACACAGCGUUUGAAUCAUGAAGAUAUUUAAUAUAAUGUUUCCAAACACCUGUAGCCGAAAUAAAAGACGAAAAAAUUGUGAAGAAUCAAGAUGGCGAUCUCAAAGUUCCCUUGUGCGACCUUUAGCAAUCUCAUGUUUAAGUAGAUGCCAAGACCUCAUUGGUUCCUAAGCAUCAACGCAUAGUACCUUCAACCUUAUUGGCUCUUGCAACAAACAUCCGAACAUACAAAGAUACAAAGAUACAAAGCCACAAAGAUACAUACGCUCACACCACUGACAUAUGAGCUAUUUUUUCAUAAUAGCUCAAAAAUAGAGUUCGGGGCAACGUCUUAUAAAGACCCAAGUUAAUGCUAAUGAUUUUGACGUUUAAGAAAUAAAGACUCACCACAGAGAUACAACUAGUCCCACAUACAGUGAAGUAUGCAAUAAUCACACAGAUAUCAUAAAAUUAGAGGAAUUAAAGCAAAUUAAUAUAAUAUGGAGCGUUAGAGUGAUUUUACUUCGACCAUGAAACGGAUUCAAUGCUUCCCGCUGUUUUUAGAUAUCAAUCAUCGUAAAAUCACAGUUAUGUGGAGAUGCAUUCAAGGAAAUAUCAUUUCUUCCAAUCUCAUUUUCCAGGAAAUGCUGGUGACUCGCUGGCUCGUCAGAGAGGCCACCCUUUCUCCACUAAAGAUCGAGACAAUGACGUCUGGUCUGAUAACUGUGCUGCACGCUUUAAGGGGUCCUGGUGGUACGAUGACUGUCAUCAUUCCAACCUGAACGGCCUCUAUCAUCGCGGUAGACACUCUUCAUUUGCUGACGGAGUGAACUGGUAUUACUGGAAGGGACAUUACUACUCCGUUAAACGAGCUGAGAUGAAACUCAAACCAGUCAACUUCUAA